UUUUCCUUCUCCACAAGUCCUCUCUAAUAGCUUCGUCUUCGAAUUCCCUCCUUUGCAGUGAUACUUUUCCUUCUAUUUCUCCCCCUUCUCAUACUCUCUGAUUUUUGCCAUCAAGCCAGUUGUUGGGGUUUGACCUUGGCUGCAGCAAAUCCAGCCAGCUUCCGACUCGUGUCGAAACCACGCCAGCACUUGCCGUACGUAACUAACACCGUCGUCACUGCACUGCUGCGCAAAUGGGCGCAUAUCGCUUGGACGAAGCCAGCACCGGCCGUGCCGGCUGCCAGAACAAAGAAUGCAAAGACGCCAAAGUCAAGAUCGCCAAGGGCGAGCUCCGUCAUGGCAGCUGGGUCGACACUGGCGGCUUUCAAAGCUAUAGAUGGCGUCAUUGGGGCUGUGUCACUCCGGUGGUCAUUGAGAACCUAAAGGAAGCUAUUGAGGAGCUGAGUGGUGGGGAUGCGACGGACUACUCGGCGCUGGAUGGAUUUGAUGAGCUCUCGGAGGAGAAUCAGGAGAAGGUUCGUCGGGCAUUGGAGCAGGGUCAUGUGGAUGAUGCGGAUUGGAGGGGUGAUGUCGAGUUCAAUCGCCCUGGUCAGAGAGGGUUCCGCAAGAAGGCUCCCAAGGAAACUGCAGCCAAGGCUAAGGAUGAAGAGGAGGACGAGGAGGACGAAGAGCAGGAGCCUACUCCCAAGAGCAAAAAGCGCAGUCGUGCCCAGCCCAAGAAAGAGCCCAAAGCCGAGGCGGAAGCUGACGGCGACGGUGAGCAGCUAGAAGAAGCUCCCAAGGCUAAGCGGUCGAAAAAGAGCACUCAGUCCAAGCCUGUCUCCGAUGACGAGGAAGCGGCCAAGCCGAAGACUUCCAAGCGCAGCCGUCAAGCAACGUCCAAGGCCGCUGCCGAGGCGCCUGCUGCCACUAAGAAGAGCGCUGCAAAGAAACCGACCAAGGCCGCUGCUGCCGAUGAUGGGGAGAAGCCCAAGCGUGGCCGGAAGAAGGCUGCCUGAUUGUGGUGCCCUGCAUCCAUGACGAGCUGCUGCUUCUGUCAAGCGUCUUUGACCUUGUGCACAGUGUCUUCUGCCAAUAGUAUGCUUUACAUUGUCAUGGUAGUUCGGGAGCGAUUUCCUGUUAUCGUUUGUAUGUAUGGGGGCUUUAUGUAUUUGCAUGCUUGCAGGUAUGUUCUUAUGGUAUGGCGUGGGGGAGGUAGGUGUACUUGAGGACGAACGUCUAAGAUGAGGGCGAGAAUUUCGAGGCUAUCAUGGAUAUGCAUUCAUUGGUAUCCUAGGUUGUACACAUAACGUAAUGAGCAUUUCACAC